UCUAUUAUGAAAACUACGAAGGUAUUGGUUCGUCCCACUGACCCUUCAGUGGGGGACCCUGAUGAUUUGUCUCCUCUCGAUCAGUACAUGAUUAGGAUCAUCAUUCCAAUUAUGUGUGCAUUCAAAAUCGAGCGAGACGAUCAGCGCUCGACCAUCGUGGAGAACCUGAAGGCUGGGUUGGCGCGCACUAUCAAUGAAAUGCCUUUCAUUGCUUCGGUAAUAGUCCCCGACGAUGAAGAGCGUGGGACGAUGAAAUUGCACUUCGAUGAGGAAGCAACGGGUGUCUGGUUUCACGAGCAAGAAUGCCUUGAAUAUUUGUUUGACGAAAUGGAGAAGCGAAGAUUCUCAUUCUCUUGUUUUCCUGUCACCACCUUCGUGCCAGAACCGAGAGGACAUUCUGAAAAAUGUCCAGUUGUCACAGUUCUGGCUACAUUCAUUAAGGGUGGACUUGUGGUCACGUACAAUGGACAUCACGGGAUUAUGGAUGCUCAGUCUCUGGGCACAUUCGCCUCCAUCUGGUCGCGAAAUGUCCUAGCCGUGUCUGAAGGCUAUACGAUUCCUCUAGGCGAACAAUAUAAAGCCGAAGACCUCGACCGCACCGGUUUUCACACGGCCUUUAGCCAGAGUCUCUUGCACAAUUUCCACACCUAUCAGCCUGGCAAAGAAACCAACCUCGCCGCGGAACGCAACGAGAUUCUGCGUCUCAGCUCGAGUGGAGAUCACUUGAAACUCCAUGAGGUUGUACCAAUCUCGCACUGGCUCAUGACGCAGGAGAAGGUUUGCCCGUGA